UCCAUCGCAACAGUUUGAAACGAAAAAAAAAAAACAAAUUUUUUUUCGAUGAUUUCAAAAUUAUUUUUGUACCUCAUUACUUUACGGUUGAUUAAAGACAUAGAAAUGGUUUUUUGUUCGUAACAAUCAGUGCGAGAGAAAAUUAAAUGGAAUUUUAUUGCUUUGCGUAAGAAAAACAAACACAUUGUAGCAAUUGCAUUGGACAUAAAAACAUAGAGAAGAAAAAACACCGUGCACUUAGAUUGUAAAAGAAAGACGAAUCGAGUGUGGUUGUUACUUGCGGGAAAAAAGAGAAACGGUGAUUUAAAAAAAAAAACACAGAAAACCGGCACAAUAAAUCCUUGUUUGAUGUCAACUUUAAGCAAGAGUGUAUGUGAAAGUAUGUGAAAUUCAUGAAACUUGUUGUUCAUUUGAGAAUUGGAAAAAUUACAUCAUAUUUUGUAUAAAGUGACAAUAAAAGUGCAUUUCGUUGUAUUGGAAAGUUUUUGCCGUUUUGUUUUUCCUGAAAAUGCGUGUAUACUAGUAACGAAGCUGUAACAAAUAUCUAAACAAAAUUAUUUUCCUGUAAUUCUGAUGAAACCGGAAAGUGCCUCUAUUUGUUGAGUUUAACAGAGAAAUAUAUAAAUAUCAGUUUAAAAAAUCUGCUGUGAAUAGAAAAAGAAACUGAAUCAUAGAAAAAUCGUGAGACUGAAAAUUUUGUGUUUAAAAAAAACAAGAUAAAAGGAAAGAAACAUUCGUUUUUCUGUUUGAAUUUCGAAAAUUUUGUGCGAUUGAAUUGUUCCCAAUAUUUGUGUAAAAUGUUUCAUUCGCCAACCACAUACUCCGAUAUGACAGCGAGCGUUGGAAAUGUAUCUGGUUAUCAUCACCAUCAUCAUCAAGCAGCAAAUUCAAAUUCACCAGUGUAUGUUCCAUCAAAUCGGCCAUUGCAGCAUAGCCAAUAUGCGAGCCACGGUACAACAUUUGGUCAUGCAGCUGCCGCUGCGGCCGCCACUCCAAACGGAUGGCAAACAGAGAAUUUCUCAACACACAACCCACUCGCUCCACAAUUUUACGCACAAAAUUCUUUAAUGAUGUCCGGAUGGAGACCAUACGAUCCGCGAAUGAUGCAAAGCACAUCACCGUACGACAGUGCAAUGGAUUUUACAUUUGGCGAAGGACGUGAAUGCGUUAAUUGUGGUGCAAUUUCAACACCAUUGUGGCGUCGAGACGGUACCGGACAUUAUUUAUGCAAUGCCUGCGGUCUCUAUCAUAAAAUGAACGGCAUGAAUCGUCCCCUCAUCAAACCUAGCAAACGUCUCGUAAGCACAGCAACCCGGCGGCUUGGGCUUUGUUGUACGAAUUGUGGUACGCGUACAACAACACUAUGGCGACGCAACAACGAAGGUGAACCCGUGUGUAAUGCAUGCGGCUUAUACUUUAAAUUGCAUGGUAUAAAUAGGCCGCUUGCCAUGCGAAAGGAUGGAAUUCAAACGCGUAAACGUAAACCGAAGAAAAAUGGGAGUGGCAAUUCUGCCGUUGAACUCGGUCUCAGUAAAAAAGACGACAAAGAAGAUAUUAAAUCGAGCCUAACUCAGAACGAACCAAUGCAUCAAUUGCAUUCAGAGCGGAAUCUUCAUUCGAAAGGCGUCCUACAACAUUCACCAACACACCAUUUAUCAUCGAGUACACCAACAUCACGUUCGCUAAGUUCAUCGUCGACUUCAUCGGCAUCGAUCGUUCAUCAUCAUCCAUACAGCAUGCAUUCAACAUCGACCACAAAUUCACCGAGCACACACACAAAUGCACCGUCAAAUCAUUCGUUGAUUGGACAAACAGUGAUCCCAUCAAAAUAUGACUUUGCACACAAUACAUCAUCAUCGUCAUUGCACAACUCUCAAACAUCCACCGCUAAUUUGAGCAGCAAUUUAACCAACAGCAAUUACAUACAUUCAUCGAACAAUUUACAAUCACCACUCUCGUAUAGCAAUGUUAAAUCGGAGUCAAAUACUGGCUCGAACUUUGAUUACAUGAAUAGUUGCUUGCAAAAUGGAUACUUCAAUAGUUCAUACGGUACGAUCACAAGUUCAGCAUCGGCAACACAUCCUGUAUCAGAUCUAUCAAGUUACCAUCACAUUCAAGCAGCAAAAUUGAUGGCCACUUCUUAAGAUAUUUGUGGUUCUUUUCUUUGAUUUGUUUCAUUUGAAAAAUGAUUCCGUUGUUGGGAUUUUUUUUAUGUUUUUGAACGCCGAUACAAUCGAAUCGGUUUAUAAGAUGCAAUGAUCAUAUAACUAUAAAUAGUUUAGACAUUAAGCCUAUAUAUAUAAAUUAAUGAGGAGCGCAAUUAGACUUUUUUAGCUUAAGAUUUGAUGUUAUUUCUCCUGUUUUAUAAUUGCAAUUUGUUUCCGUUUAAAGAAAAGAUCUAAUUAACAUGGAAAAUUGUUCGAAACAAAAUAUUUACAGACGGUUUUGAGCUGAUUGUGUAUACACUUGAAUGGAAUGCAUUUUGCUAAUUAUUAUGCACUUGACUGUUUUGACUAAAGAUAUGCAGAGUCAAACAACAGAGGAGAAUGAAAAAUACGUAAAUUUGAUGAUAUUUAUAACUAUUAAACAUGACGUAAAGAGAAAUGAUCAUCAGUUAAUCAAUAUUAACGCAUAGUUUUAAGUUAUUUUUAUAAGUUUGAAGUCAUAAUGAUGAAUAGGUUAACGAUUCGAUCUGGAUGCGAUAUAAUGACUUCAUUUAUCAUACACAAAAUGUGCAAAAUGGAAGCAAAGUCCAUUCUUGUCCAUUGAACUUAUCAGAAACGCCAUAGUUGAAUUCCAAAUAAAAAUGUGCACAAAGGCGCUUUGUUUUGCUGGUGACAAAGGCGAUGUAGAAUAUAUUUCUUUAGACCAUAAGUGUUGUUCGUAAGCAAGAAAUAAACAUAAUUAUGGUAAACUCUUUAAUAUCAUGCAUUAAUAUAUCGCACACACUAAUUUAAUGACAAAUAUUUUAUUUAAUUGGCUAUUUUCAUUCACAUUCAUUC